GCAAGGUCCUCUUUUCACACCCUGCUGCCCAAUUUGUACUGGAUGGGCAAUAGUUCUGCAAGGUUGUUUUAAGGGAGGGUGGGAAAUGUUUGGCUUCCCAGAUGCUGUGGGACUACAUAUCCCAGCAGCCCCAGCCAGCAUGGCCAAGGACUGCAAGUUGCCCAUCCCUGUUGAAGGGAUUUCCAAGAGAAGACAUGGGAAGGACUUUGAGCAUGUGAAGCAAGUAUCAUAUAUCAAUAUGGUAUAGAACAGGAGCAGACAAAUUAUGGCCUUCCAGACAAUAGCUCCCAUCAGCCCUACCUAGCAUAGCCAGUGGUGAAGGAUGAUGGCAGCUGCGGGCCAAAACAUCUGGAACCCUACCAAUUACCAUUCCUGUUAUAGGGGGAGGUCCAAUUUUUCUUAUGGACUUCCGCAGUCUUCCUCCACACUCUGGACUCAUACAUACAUGUGCACACCUGUAAAGAUACCUGCCCUGAAAACAUAUAGACACAACAGUGCUCGUUUCCCCCCACACGAAUGUGUGUGUAGAUGCAUGCAUGUGCAUGCGCACCUGGUCAAAAGUCCUGACUGGCUGUGCACUGAGCCCUCUCUUCUUCUUCUUCCCUUCAGGGUGACCUGCAGCAGCUGUUCAUUGUGCCGGACCCAGCUGCUGCCGCCCACUACUGCCAGCUCUACAUGCCUGAUUGCGACAAGCAGCUUGCCUACAAGCUGCAUGCCCAGGAUCUCGAAGAGAAUAUUCCCCGCAGGAGGGGCAAGAAGGGGAAGGGCAAGGGCAAGAAGAGAGGUAGAGGCAAGAAGAAGAGGAACAAGGAGUUGCCUGAGAUGCCCUCACCCACUCCAGCCCCCGGCCAGUAUGAGACUGCAACUCAAGCAACUCCUACAAAGGCGGCCUCCGAAUUCUGGGAGGAGAGUCCCAAUGCUGAGCCUGGAGGCACGGCUGCCACCACAGUCAUGGUCAGCUUGAACCUCACGGACAACUAUGAGGACCUUUUUGGAGAAGACCUGGAUGCCAAUGGCACUUUUCAAGCAUAUGAUGAGAGACCUGACUACAGAACCAGGGACUAUGAGGAUUACUAUGACCGAAGUGACCGCAGGGAGGAGGAGCGGUACGAUCCAGCUGAGCACAUUGAAGACACUCUCAGACUCUCCAAGGAACCAAACCUGAAGGGAGAGAAGGGGGAGCCCGCAAUCAUUGAGCCUGGCAGGGUUUUUUAUGGGCCACCAGGAUACCGAGGUCCUCAGGGUGAGACAGGCCCAAUGGGACAGGCAGGGCCACCAGGAUUUCCGGGCGAUCCUGGCGAGCGAGGGCCACCAGGACUCCCAGGCCUUCCAGGAGCUGAUGGCAUGCGAGGACCUCCUGGGACAAUGAUAAUGUUACCAUUCCAGUUUGGUGGUGACUCAGCUAAAGGCCCUUCAGUGUCCUUUCAGGAGGCCCAAGCCCAGGCUAUUUUGCAGCAGGCGAAGCUUUCCAUGAAGGGUCCUCCUGGCCCCAUGGGCCUUACAGGGCGGCCAGGGCCACUGGGUCUACCAGGGAAUUCUGGUCAGAAAGGAGAUCCUGGUGAAGCAGGACCACAGGGCUCCCCAGGCAUUCAAGGACUAGUUGGGCCUCCAGGGAAAACUGGAAAGCGGGGCCGCUCAGGAGCAGAUGGUGCCAGAGGCCUCCCAGGAGACACUGGACCCAAGGGUGACCGGGGUUUUGAUGGGCUGCCAGGACUUCCAGGAGAAAAAGGGAACCGGGGAGAUCUGGGAAAGCCAGGCCCACCUGGUGCUCCUGGUGAAAACGGUGCUAAGGGCUCCGAAGGGAAGCCAGGCCCCAGAGGACAGCCUGGGGAAGCUGGCAUGCGUGGUUUGCCUGGCUCACGGGGUUUUCCAGGCCCUCCAGGCCCCCCAGGUGUCAGCGGCAUUGAUGGGGCACCUGGACAUAAAGGCAAUUUGGGCAUUCAGGGAGAGCCAGGCCCACCUGGGCAGCAGGGAAAUCCUGGCGCACAGGGGCUGCCUGGUCCCCAGGGUCCCGUCGGUCUUCCAGGCGAAAAGGGUCCACCAGGAAAACCAGGGAUACCAGGAAUGGCUGGGAUUGACGGACCUCCGGGCCAUCCUGGAAGAGAAGGGCCACCUGGAGAGAAAGGAGUCCAGGGUCCAUCUGGUGCAGCAGGGCCAAUUGGCUACCCCGGUCCCCGUGGAGUCAAGGGGGCCUUUGGAGUGAGGGGCCUGAAAGGCAGCAAAGGUGAGAAGGGUGAAGAUGGAUUCCCCGGCUUUAAAGGUGAUAUGGGCCCAAAAGGUGAUCGGGGCGAUGCUGGCCCAUUGGGAAUACGUGGUGAGGAUGGCCCUGAGGGGCUGAAAGGGCAGGCAGGCCCUGCUGGGGAAGCAGGUCCUCCUGGCUCCGCUGGCGAGAAGGGAAAGUUGGGAGUGCCAGGCCUGCCAGGCUACCCUGGCCGCCAGGGACCUAAGGGCUCAACUGGAUUCCCAGGGCCACUUGGCCUCUUUGGAGAAAAAGGCAAACGAGGCAAAGCUGGCCAAGCUGGGCAGACUGGACAACGUGGUCCCCCGGGUCCUCCAGGUGAGCGUGGUUUGCCUGGGUCUACUGGAAAACCAGGACCAAAGGGUGACUCUAGUCACGAUGGAGCCCCUGGAUCUAUAGGGGAAAAGGGGCCCACUGGACCACAGGGGCCCAAUGGAUUCCCAGGACCAAAAGGGCCACCUGGCCCUGCUGGGAAAGAUGGCUUACCAGGACAUCCAGGCCAGCGUGGUGAACCAGGGUUUCAUGGCAAAACUGGCCCACCAGGGCCUGCUGGGGUUGUAGGACCACAGGGAAACUCUGGAGAAACUGGCCCCAUGGGAGAGAGAGGUCACCCUGGUUCCCCUGGUCCCCCAGGAGAGCAAGGGCUGCCAGGUGCUGCUGGCAGGGAAGGUGCCAAGGGUGAUCCUGGACCUAGUGGCACCCCAGGGAAAAAUGGCCCUCCUGGAAUGAAAGGCUUCACAGGGGCACGAGGAGCUCCUGGAGAGACCGGACCAACUGGAUUGAAAGGGGCUGAAGGGCCACCUGGGCCACCAGGCCCCACGGGUUCUCCUGGUGAGCGAGGCCCCUCUGGGCCAGCUGGGGGCAUUGGACUUCCAGGACGAGGAGGUAGCCAGGGGCCUUCUGGCCCUGCAGGGGAAAAGGGGGCACCGGGUGAGAGAGGCCCUAUGGGUCCAGCUGGGCAUGAUGGAAUCCCAGGUCCAGCAGGGUUGCCAGGCCCCGCUGGGCCACCAGGACUUGCUGGAGAAGAUGGUGACAAGGGAGAGAUGGGUGGUCCAGGACAGAAGGGAAGCAAAGGAGACAAAGGGGAAGCGGGUCCCCCAGGACCUAUUGGAAUCCAGGGUCCUAUUGGGCAUCCAGGCCCUGCUGGAGCAGAUGGGGAGCCUGGGCGCCGGGGGCAACAGGGCAUGUUUGGUCAGAAAGGAGAUGAGGGAGCCCGUGGAUUCCCAGGAGUCAGUGGACCAGCUGGUUUGCAGGGGAUGCCAGGGCCUCCAGGGGAGAAGGGUGAGAGUGGCGAUGUUGGUCCAAUGGGCCCACCAGGAGCUCCAGGCCCCCGAGGCCCACAGGGUCCCAGUGGUGGGGAUGGUCCACAGGGUCAACCUGGUGGGCUGGGACAGCCAGGUGCUGUUGGUGAAAAGGGUGAACCAGGUGAAGCAGGAGAUCCUGGUCCUCUGGGAGAGCCAGGUCGGCAAGGUGUGAAGGGUGAUGUGGGUGAGAAAGGAGACUCUGGCCAGUCUGGAGCUGCAGGGCCCCCUGGCAAGAAGGGUCCCCCUGGAGAAGAUGGCGCCAAAGGGAACUUGGGCCCAAUAGGAUUCCCUGGGGACCCAGGCCCAUCUGGCGAUCCCGGCCCUCCUGGCUUGGAUGGAGCUCCUGGUGAGAAGGGUGACAUGGGGGAUCCUGGACUUCCAGGGGCCCCUGGAGCUUCUGGGGAACCAGGUCCACCUGGCUCACCAGGGAAGAGGGGACCUCUUGGUCCAGCUGGCCGGGAAGGUCGGCAGGGUGAAAAAGGGAGCAAGGGGGAGCCUGGUACAGAAGGGGCCCCAGGGAAGAUGGGACCCAUGGGCCCACAGGGACCUCCAGGCCAACCUGGUUCAGAAGGCCUACGUGGGAUUCCCGGUGCAGCAGGUGAACAAGGUCUGCUGGGAGCACCGGGUCAGGCAGGGCCUCCAGGGCCCAUGGGUCCCACUGGGCUCCCAGGCCUCAGAGGGGAUCCUGGCUACAAGGGAGAGAAGGGCCAUGCAGGACUGAUUGGGUUGAUCGGCCCCCCAGGUGAGAUGGGUGAGAAAGGUGACCAGGGGCUGCCAGGGAACCAGGGAACACCAGGCCCUAAAGGCGACCCCGGAAUUGUGGGCCCCAUCGGCCCUCCAGGCCCACCUGGAUCUCCUGGUCUCUCAGGACCUCUGGGACAAAAAGGCAACAAAGGCUCACCAGGACCCAAUGGACCAAAAGGUGACCCAGGGCCUCCAGGACCCCCAGGGCCACCAGGCCACCCUGCUGAGCUGCAUGACCCUGUGCCUAUGGACAGUGGCCGCAAGAGCCGUCAAAACUGGGAGCUGGGGGAGCAGGGCGAUGCGCCGGGGGCGGUGGAUACUGACCCUGACACCGAUGGACUGGCGGAGGUCCUGGCAGCCCUGAGCUCCCUACGCGAUGAGGUGGAACAAAUGCGAUGUCCACUGGGCACCCCGGAGAGCCCAGCCCGGGUCUGCAAGGAACUUCAGUUUUGCCAUCCCCACCUCACAGAUGGGGAAUACUGGAUUGAUCCUAACCAAGGGUGUGGCAGAGAUGCCUUCAGAGUUUUCUGCAACUUCACAGCUGGUGGGGAAACCUGCCUAUUCCCUGACAAGAGAUUUGAAGCUGUUCGACUCGCCGCCUGGAACAAGGAGAGACCGGGGAGCUGGUUCAGCACAUUCAAGAGGGGCAAGAAGUUUUCCUACAUGGAUGCUGAGGGCAACCCCGUGCAGGUGACCCAGCUGACAUUUCUGCGCCUGCUUAGUGCCAUCGCCCACCAGAAUUUUACCCUCCUCUGCCAGAACGCGGCUGCCUGGUAUGAGGCCCGCACGGGCAGCCAUGAGAGGGCCUUGCGCUUUCUCACCUUCAAUGGAGUGGAGCUGAUGCACAACACCACAGAAGCUCCAGUCCGCAUCUUGCAUGAUGGCUGCCAGGUGCGCAAGGGCCAAGAACGGACAGUUUUGCAGGUCUGGACACCACACGUGGAGCAGCUGCCAUUGGCUGAUGUGGCUGUUCAGGAUUUUGGAGACACCAACCAAAAGUUUGGCUUCGAGCUAGGGCCAGUGUGCUUCGGCGGCUGAGUCCUUCAGAGAGGGACAGCUCCCUCUAGACUGUGGGGCCACUUCCACCUGAGAAAGGGAGAGCUGAAAGCCCCUUCUCCCUGCACUGGGGGAGUGGGCUGCAGGAGAGGAGCCAGCACUGCAAAGACCUGCCGUUGUAUUUAAUCAGCUGACAGCCUCCUAUUUAUGCGGCCAAGGUCUCUCCGGGCCAUGACUCUUGGGGAGCAGUGCAGAGCCCAGACUGAGCCAGGGCCCUCCCUUUCUGCAUCCCCAACCAUUGGUGCUAUUAUGCCGUCUUAGUGAAGCACUGGACCUACUGCCCGGCACUGGCCACCUGUAGGGAUGGGGGCAACGGAGACUACAUCCCACACUGCUGACCUUCUCCCCCCACACACAAUAUGGGCACAGAGUCAUCAAGAUCUUGUCUGAAGCCUCUUGGGAACUGGGUACUUAGGGCCAGUCAAUUGGGAGAGCCACCCACGAGUGGACAUGGACACAGGGACUGGAUGGAGGACAUGGGGCACUGAGUUCAAAGCCAAUGUACCACCCCAGAUGGAGGAACAGGAUUUGGAUCCAAGGCUGGAGGCUGAGCAUAGGGCUUUCAGAGCCAACAAUCUGGCCUCAUGGACUUCAGUUCAAUCAGAAAGUGCUAUCUUGGUAUAACAGUGGUGCCCCACCUUUUCUGUAUAAUCUGGGUACAACAGAUGCUUUUAAGAUCCUCAGGGGAGUAGGUGGUUAGCCCCACCAGAAGAUGCCCAGAUACUCAGCUUGAACCCUGUACCCCCUUGUGACUGUUCUUCACUGUUGCCUGCUUAAACUGCGUUGCCAGAUGAUAACUCUGGCAUAUUGUCCAGGGAGCUGGGAAGAGGCAGAACCUCCAAAAAACCCCAGCUGAGAAAAUUCUGUCAUCUCU